UUGCAACCAAUCUUUUCCAGCGACUCAAGCGACUGACAACGCGGAUGGCAAGAGAGAAAUUUUAACUUUGUCGAUUUAUAGAGGACACGCGAUUGUAGAGUGAAACGCCAAACAAUGAAACCCUUAAUGUUGCACGGGCACGAGCGUGCCAUCACCAAAAUAAAGUAUAAUAGAGAGGGAGAUCUACUGUUCUCCGCCAGUAAGGAUAAGCAACCCAAUGUUUGGUAUUCGCUGAACGGUGAGCGUCUCGGUACCUUCAACGGGCACAAUGGCUCUGUAUGGUGCAUCGAUGUCAACUGGGAUACUACGCGGUUAUUAUCUGGCAGUGGUGAUAACACUUUGAGAGUCUGGGAUUGUCAAACUGGUAAGGAAAUUGGACAGCUGCACACAAACAGUUCUGUAAGAACGUGCGGCUUCAGUUACUCGGCGAACCUCGCGGUGUUCUCCACUGACAAGGCAUUGGGUCACCAGUGCGAGAUGUUCAUAAUGGACGUACGAAACGUUGAUUCUACAUUAUCACAAGAGGACGCGAUCUCUAGAAUCUUGGUCAAUGGUCCUAGGAUUUCUGCUAUAUUAUGGGGUGCCCUCGACGAGACUAUUAUCACUGGUCAUGAAGAUGGUGAACUUAAACUUUGGGAUGUGAGGACGGGAAAGAAGCUGUCCAGUGUUAAAGGUCACAAAUCUCAGAUAAAUGAUAUGCAAUUCAACAAAGAUGGUACCAUGUUUGUAACUGCGUCCAAGGAUCACACGGCGAAACUUUUUGAUAGCGAGUCCCUGGUGUUAUUGAAAACUUACAAGACGGAAAGACCUGUAAACUCUGCUACAAUAUCACCGAUUUUUGAUCAUGUGGUUCUUGGCGGUGGUCAAGAUGCCAUGGACGUCACAACCACAUCCGCGCGACAAGGCAAAUUCGAUUCACGAUUCUUCCAUUUAGUAUUCGAAGAAGAAUUCGCACGUUUGAAGGGACACUUUGGUCCCAUUAACUCUCUCGCUUUUCAUCCCAACGGUCGCAGCUAUUCUACAGGCGGAGAAGAUGGCUAUAUGCGUAUUAAUAAUUUUGAUCAGUCUUACUUCGACUUUCAUUUUGAGUAUUAAAUUGAUCAAUCUUAAGAUAUAUGUACAUAAAUCGUUCUAUACUAGAAUAAUACUUACGUACAUGUAUCUUUUGAUUGAUAAAUAAAUUAUAUACUGUGUGUAAUCAUUUUUCCAAACUAAAUGAAACUUAAAACAGUACUUUUUGUAAAAGAAA